GUCUAAUGAAUACCCAUUAUACAUAUAAUACAGCAAUAAUCAAGUGUAUAAUCAUAUAAAUUAGGUCAUUACCUACACUUUAAGCAAUCUUUACUGUCACCUCUCCCUCUCUUGCCCUUCAGCACCACCUUCCUCUAAUCUUUAUUUCAGCUAAAAUACUGCUUCUUUGAACUUUUAAAAUCCAUUUUUUAAUACCCAGUUCAUUUUUUUUAUGCUAAAGAUCAGUUCUUGAAUUAAACUCAUUUGGGUUAGAUCACUAAUUAUUUGAUUUAAGUUCUUGAAACCUUUUCUUGAACUAAGGUCAUUAGAUCUAAGGUUUAAGGAAAAGGGGUUAAGCUAUUUAUUAUUUGUGGGAAAUCUUGAUUAGUUUGUUUGAAUUUAAUCUGCUUUUUUGUAUUUGUUUGUUUCCCCUUUUCUGUACUGCAUAACAGUUUAGUAGUACAUUGUUGUUGUCACUUUUUUUUGCCAUUUUCAACAUUGCUUUUAUUGGUUAGUUUACUUUGUAAUAGUUAGUUUCUUUGGAUGGUAAAACCCCGCAAACCAAUAAUUUUACUUUUUCGUCGGUGGAAAUUUGGAAGCUUUUGAGCUUGCUCAUUCUUGGUGAUAGCCCAUAUCAUCUUUUGUCACUUUGAUGGUAAAGCUCAAUCCUUUUCUUUACCUUUCGACAAGAUUAAGGCGAAAAGCCUGAGUCUUGGAAACUUUUUGCUGUAAAAUUAUACUAGACAAAGAAUGAGGAAACAUGCCAGUUCUUAUUCAGGAAGAGUAUAUGGUGAUAGACAUUGGAAAAUACCAUUUUUUGUGAGCUUGCUUGUGUCUAUUACUCUGUUUACAGCAACAAUUUUUGGGUUAUAUUCAUCAUCUUAUGGAAGAGAUCAAGUGCAGUUGGAUAUGGUUUCUUUUGCUAGGCCUGUAGAGUCGGAUGGGUAUUUUGUGGAAUCUGAUUUCAAGUCGUUUCAAUCGAAUGGAUUUUCGAAAAAUGAACCACCUAGGUUUGCUUAUCUUAUAUCAGGCACAAAGGGGGAUAGUCAUAGAAUGAUGAGGACUUUGCAAGCGGUUUAUCACCCGAGGAAUCAGUAUAUUCUACAUAUGGAUCUUGAGGCUCCACCUAAAGAAAGGCUGAACUUAACAAUGUCGGUGAAGAAUGAUCCCACGUUCCGCAAAGUAGAGAAUGUUCGAGUAAUGUCACAGUCAAAUUUAGUGACUUAUAAGGGCCCUACGAUGUUUGCUUGUACCCUUCAAGCUAUAUCCAUUCUGCUGAAGGAAAGUUCAAAGUGGGACUGGUUUAUCAAUCUUAGUGCUUCAGAUUAUCCACUAAUGCCUCAAGAUGAUUUGCUCCAUGUUUUUUCUAAUUUGUCCAGAAACCUGAAUUUCAUUGAAAAUAUGCUGCUUCAUGGGUGGAAACUGAACCAGAGAGCUAAACCUAUUAUUAUUGAUCCUGGUCUUUAUUUGUCUAAGAAAUCUGACCUUGCCACAACUUCUCAACGGCGAUCACUACCUACAGCUUUUACAUUAUUUACAGGCUCAGCUUGGGUGGUUCUGACGCGCUCUUUUGUGGAGUACUGCAUAUGGGGAUGGGAUAACUUUCCAAGAACUCUGCUCAUGUACUACACAAAUUUUGUUUCUUCACCAGAAGGCUACUUUCACACCGUAAUGUGUAACACGGAAGAAUUCCGUGGCACUGCAAUAGGCCAUGAUCUACAUUACAUUGCCUGGGACACCCCUCCCAAGCAGCAUCCUAUUUCACUGACAGUGAAGGACUUCAACAAAAUGAUUAAUAGCAGUGCACCAUUUGCUCGAAAAUUUCGCAAGGAUGAUCCUGUCUUAGACAAGAUUGAUAAAGAAUUGCUUGGUCGUACACAUCGUUUUGCACCAGGAGCAUGGUGUAAUGGAACCUCAGCUGAUGGAGCUGAUCCCUGCUCUGUGAUAGGAGAUGACUCGGUGUUUAGACCUGGUCCUGGCGCCAACAGGUUGCAUGAGCUAAUGAACAAACUGUUAUCUGAAGAUUUUCGUAGUAAACAAUGCUCAACUAAGAGUUAAAGAUUGCUAACGUUGUUUUCGCCUUGUUCAUGAUGUUCUCUAUAUAACUAAUCGAAGAAAAAUCAAAAAGUGAUUGGUGCCGUUGCUGGCUGCAAAUGAUUAGGGACCAUUUGAGAUGUAGUUUUGUCUCAUAGUUGAGAGUUCAGAUGACCCCAAAUUGUACAUGGUUGUAUGGAUAGACCACAGUUUCAAAUGUAAAAUUUUGCGUUUCCCUUUUCA